AUGGCGGCAAUUAAUUCAAGCAAAGCACGGGUGGAAGCACCUGUUCUCCUAGCCGACAACCAAUUCGACGAUUCUCAGCUGACUGAGGAUCUUACAAAAGACUAUGCCGAAGAGAGCAGAUCUAUUGUACCCUACCUGCUAGAAAAGAGCCCAGAGUACCGAGAACUCAGUGAUGUGAGACAACAGGAAUGGGAAACCCCAGAAGGCGAUGAAUAUUUCGCAAACGUUCGUCGAAAUGCUGCUAAGUCCGAUGAAGAGACCUCGGCCUACUUUCAUAAGCUCAUGAGCGCAAUCGGGCACGAAAUUGAUAAAGCCACGGAUGCCUUCAGAGUUCAACAGGCUGAUUCAACUCCACCUACCAUUCUGGACAUAUGCAUGGCGCCCGGUGCAUUCCUCGAGAUAGCAUUGAAAAAGAACCCAGGCUCACACGCUCUCUUGCCUGUCUCCUGUGGAGGGUAUAGGAGCCGUCUAACAGGUAACUCGAAUACCAAGCGAGUAUUUCUCGACGUGACUAUGCUUGCUGCGGACAUGGAUGCGGACCAGAUCCCCGAGGGUCAUGAAGAUGCUGAGAACUUCUUGCCCCGACAACUUGCGGAAGGUCGGCUUUUUGAUUUGGUCAUAUGUGAUGGGCAGGUCUUGAGGCUGCAUUCACGCGCCCUGUAUCGAGAGAAACGGGAAGCGACGAGACUAGCCAUCACACAGCUUGCUUUGGGUCUCCAGCACCUUAGACCUGGUGGCACUAUGAUCGUUCUUCUUCACAAGCUAGAAGCGUGGAAUACCGUCAAUCUUAUUUGGAUGUUCCAUAAAAUCUCGUCGGUUCGGCUUUUCAAGCCAAAGACAGCUCACACCAAACGAUCGUCUUUUUACCUGAUUGCUACGAAGGUUGAAAGCCAAAACCCAGAAGCUAUCGAAGCGGUCAAGCGUUGGAAGAGAAUCUGGCGGGUUGCCACCUUUUCCUCUGAUGAAGAGUACAGCGAGGUGAUCUUGGACGAAGACUCGUCUAUAGAAACAGUGCUCGAGAACUUCGGUCCAGAACUCGUAAAGUUGGGCAAGGCAAUAUGGAAGAUACAGGCAGAUGCGCUGGCUGAUGCAUCAUCCGUGUAG